AUUAUAAAUCUGAAAUUGCAAUCGUGACGAGAAGAUCAUCCGUUAAAAUGUUCAACUUUCGUGCAAUAAUAUUUUUAUUAUUUAUUUCUUCGGUGAGCGCGGCUGACGAUCCUGCCGACGUCUGCACAACCUUCCAAGUGCCAGCAACACCUUGCAAUAAACCUCAGCUGACCAUCCAGAAGGGAGAGGGAAGUUUCAAUAAAUGUCCAGGUGAAGCAGCGACUGAGGCAGCAAAAACAGCUCCCACUGUUACAUUCACGGCGGCAGUUGAUGAAAAAUCUUACCUGCUUGUGAUGGUGAAGCAAGAGACUACAAACUUCCAAGCCUUGUGGAUCAAAAGUGACAUGAAGGCAGCAGAUUUAAAGACGGGAGCUACCAGUGGCACCGAGUCCCUUGCUUACCAGGCGCCGACGUCAGCAGAUGCAGCUCCCCAAAAAUAUCAGUUCUUCCUUUUCGAACAGAGUGCAAGUUUAGCUGGUAACACCGACCUCUCUGCCGAAAUUGAAAAAGUUAAGAAAACAAGAACUGCAUGGGACCUCGCCGCUUUCAUAAAAAAACCAGGCAUAUGCAAGACAUUUGUUGCAGCCUACGAGUACUCGAUAACUGCGACAAAAGGUCCUGAUACUGCGACCGAGCAGACGACCAAAGCAUCAGCUACCACGAAAGCACCGGGAAAGGUUCCCAAUGCUGCUGCCUUCAGUUGCAGAAGUCUAUUCAUCAUUUCUUUUUCAUUGGUACUAACUUUCAUAAUUUAAAUUGUUGUAGGUCACCAUAGACUGACCGAAGCAUUUGCAUAUAACUAAUUACUUUAACGCUUAAAUUAGAAUGUCAAUAAAAAAAUAACCUCCAUUAA